AUAGAUAAUUUUGAAGAAUGUCAGAAAACAACCAAGAUUCUCCUAAACCCACCAAAAGUGCUGUCGACAUGGACCCUAGCGAUAUCUAUGUGAAGAUUGGCAAUAAGCAGGUUCCAUUCUCCAGUAUUAAUAAGCCUCAUUCAGUUUUGUUAGGGCCAAAGCACCACAAACCACAACCACCAACCGAGGACUUUCCUGACUUGACUCCAGCCGCCAAGGCUAGAGAAGCUGAGUUGGAAGAAAAGAAAAGCCUGUAGUUUUGUUAUUAGAAAAUAAAAGGUGGUUAUAUAUUAUGGAAAUGUACAGGAAUUAGGAGGG